AUGGACCAUCAACACCCUCUCACUCCAAGUGCUAUCCCCACACUCCGACCAUUCAACCCUCCUCUGCCUGGCGGUUCUUCAGUCGAAAGUCAUCAACACCAGCACCAGCAGCAACACCAGCAACACCAGCAACACCAGCAAUACCAAUCCCCUCUUCAAUUUCACUCUCGCCAGCACCACGCCCAGCAGCAAAACCCUCGCCAGCAACCCUCUCAUCAGCACCCCUCUCAUGGGCAAAACAAUCAUUUCGAUAAUAACUACCACAACUCCAACGCGCCAGCCGACAACCCAUCCGAACCAUAUGCGUUUGAUCACAGCCAGUCUGCUAUUCCUUUGUUCGAUCAGGCAGGAUACCAAUCGUCGUCCCUGCACUCCUCAGACGCAGAGUACUCUUUUUCCAACCAACAGUUACCACCAACACCUCGAUCACCAUCACAACAAUCCCAAACAUUUCUCUCGCCUGUGAUGACUCCACACCUCUUGACUUCAACCCUGUCCAACUCUCCUUCGGUUGACCCCUCGUCAUCUGCUUUACUCAAGAAAGCCCCAAAGCCUCCACCAAAGGCCCCUCAACAACAGCAAGCUAUGGCUACGCCGUCUUAUCAGUCCAACGUCAAUGCAGCCGCGUCGUCCCAGGGCAACUCCAACACCAGCACAACCACCAACACUUCCUAUAAGUCAGCAUCAAACAAACGCAAAGAAAUGGCCUCCCCUCCCGUUGCUCGUUCGCAGACCCAAGGCAAGAAACGUUCUGUCUCCGUGUCUGCUUCAUCGUCAACUCAGGACGUUGUUGAGUUCGCUUUUGAGGAUGGAUCUGAAAGGGAGAAUUGGCUGGUUGCACGACUCAAGGAUUCCUCCAUAUACCUUCCACUUCAGGCCGACAGAAAACAACCAGGAGAGAGUCGGAUGCGGUCCAAGGCUGAGGUUUACAGGCAACUGGCUGAGGAGUUCAACAACAAGCAGUUCGCGAUGCAACACUCCAAGGGAGUCUUCAGUACCACCUCCAACGGCAGUGGGAUCAAGACCAAAAUCACUCGCCUUCAAACCGCAUUCAAGGCAGCGCACACCCUUCGAUACUCUUCUGGAUUUGGCAGCACAGAGUUAGAAACCUGGAAGGCUGCCGUCGAGAGCGCCUGCAGUUAUUAUUUUGAGCUACUUCCGGCUUGGGGUCAGAAGUGGAGUGAUGGCGUGGUGUUUUAUGCAGACUCGACGACGGAUUUGACGGACGAUUUCAUCACAGACGACCCACCCCGAAAAGACGUCGAUAGCGAUGUCGAAGCCGAUGCGGAGGAGGAGCAGGAAGAUGAGGGAGAGAGCGAGCGUCAGGCGAGCCCGGAUUGGGAGGAUGAGCCGGAUUAUAGUGGUGUUGAUGGAGCUUGGUCACAGGAAGAGGAGGACGAGCCCUUGGUGAGGAACCGUCGAUUGGCUGUCCCAGCAGCGGCCAGAUCGCGUAGUUCUACUGCCCGCCCACCCACGACUACCCCGCAGAGGACUAGUCGUCAACAAGAGCAACGGAAAGCAGUGGAUGGCGACCCAUCUUCGAGUACCAAGAAGCAAAAGAAGCCAAAGGCAUCCAAGCGAGACGUAACAGACGACAUUAGGGACCUGAGCGAGGCGACUCGCGUGACAGCUCAACUGGAGUUGCAGAAAGCAGAGAUAAUGGAACGAGUUAGGAUGAGGGAGAUCGAGUCGAGUCUAGCGGAGAAACAGCUGGACUUCAAACUGCGAAUGGCUGAAAUCGAAACGAGAAGGGCUGAAAUCGAAGCGAGAAAGGCUGAGACUAUAGCCAAGGUGCAGGCAGAAAAGGAACUAUCGUUGGAGCGAGAGCGAUGGAUAUCUAAGAGUGGUCUACGUCUGUCCAAGUCACCUCAACAUCUACCCGACUCGCCGCCACGGCGCAGGACAAUGACGGCCAACCCCAAAAUCGAGAUACACUUGACCGUCUUCCUCGAUGUCGUUAUCCGGAAGAUCCGCACCAUGGUCCUCCACCUCCUCAUCGUCGUCGUCGCUGUCGCUUUCAUCACUGCUGCUGUCGCUAUCGUCGCUGCAGCCCUCGUAGUCUGA